CGAUGUGGAUUCUAUCCGUCCUUCGAAAAAGUGUGACGAUAUUUUCUUUCGGCUUUGAUUAUUCAGGAGGGCAACGGCGACAUUUUUCACCAAUCAUAGUAACGGAUGCUAUUCCGCUUCCAUGGUAACCUCCCAAAUCUUUUGAACAAACCAAUCACGACAGCGCAUUUAGUAAUUUAAAGAAAGUUCGUCAUCGGACGUUGAAAUUUUAAACCUGAGCUGCGGCAGAAAGGAACACGUUUCAGUGAAGUUUGGAGUCCGAAAAGCAGAUUCAGACAUGGCUCAAUUUGGAUUCGACAACGACAUUCACAGCAUUCUGAAGCUGGAUAUGCCUAUCACAAACGCGCCCAUGGCGAGGUGGCAGAGAAAAGCCAGUUCGUCGAUGUCGACCAGCUGUGCCAACACCAGCGCUCUGUCACCUGGCAAAUCCGGAAACCGGUCUCUUAGUCUGUCCAAGACGCCCAGUAAAACACCAGGUAAAAAUGGAAAGACACAGUGCACACCUUCCAAGGCAGGUGGUGACCGUUUCAUUCCCACUAGAAACAACAAACAGAUGGAUGUGGCAAGCUUCCUGCUCUCAAAGGAAAAUGAGCCCAUGGACACAAACCCCUCAGCAGCAACAUCAGAGAACCAGAAAGCAUGGUCUGUUACACUCAAUGGAUAUGACAUUGAGGAGGCAAAGAUCUUGCAUCUGGGAGGAAAACCCUUGAACGCUCCAGAAGGUUACCAGAACAACCUAAAAGUUCUCUACAGUCAGAUUCCUACCCCAGUCUCCACCAAAAAGAACCGGUACAUACCGUCAGUGCCUGACAGAAUCUUAGACGCUCCUGAACUCCGAAAUGAUUUCUAUCUGAACCUACUAGACUGGAGCAGUCGGAACCUUCUAGCAGUUGCCCUUCACAACAGUGUUUAUCUGUGGGACGCCACCCAGGGUGACAUCGUCCUACUGAUGAAGAUGGAGCGGGAGGAGGACUACAUCUGCUCUGUGUCAUGGAUCAAGGAGGGCAACUUCCUUGCCAUUGGUACCAGUGACUGCAAAGUUCAGUUGUGGGAUGUGGAGAACCAGAAGCGUCUACGCAGCAUGGCCAGCCACACUGCCAGAGUUGGCAGCCUGAGUUGGAACAAUCACAUUCUUUCCAGUGGCUCCAGAUCUGGUCACAUCCACCACCAUGAUGUAAGGGUAGCAGACCACCACAUCUUCACCCUGUCCGGACACUCUCAGGAGGUGUGUGGGCUGGAGUGGUCCCCUGAUGGAAGAUACCUGGCCAGCGGCGGCAACGACAACCUUGUGUACGUGUGGCCAGGUGUGCAGGAGGGCAGCGGCCAAGGCAGCAAUGCUGUCCACGGCUUCAAUGAGCACCAAGGUGCAGUCAAGGCUUUGGCCUGGUGCCCAUGGCAACCUAACAUUCUUGCGUCUGGAGGGGGCACCAGUGACCGUCACAUCCGCAUCUGGAACGUCACCAGUGGCUCUUGCAUCAGUGCCCUAGACACUCAGUCUCAGGUGUCCUCUCUGAAGUUUGCGCCAAACUACAAGGAAUUGGUCUCUGGCCACGGAUAUGCCCACGACAACGUAGUCAUCUGGAAGUAUCCCUCCUUGACUAAAGUGGCAGAGCUCAAUGGUCAUGAGGGCAGGGUCUUGAACAUUACCAUGAGUCCAGACUGCUCGACUAUCGCCACUGUAGCCGGUGAUGAAACUGUCCGCCUCUGGAAGAGCUUUGAGCUGGAUCCAGUCAAGAAGAAGGCCAAAGAGAGGAUGGUCAAGUCCACCAGCAGCAGCAUCCACCAAUCUAUCCGAUAAUUAGCCUUUUGUAUUGUUUGUUCAAGUUAGUUAUUGAUCAACUCUUAAUUCUUUACUAAUGUACAAAAUGUUUAUUCACUGUAAAAUAAAGAUUGCCACUUUUAAA